GACAGUUACAGUUUGAAGGUACAGCUUUAACCGUUGUCAGCGCAACCAGACAUUAGGUAGUAUAAAGACAAAAAAUAAUUAUAUUGCACUAUAUCGAAACUCGAACUGCCUUUACUGUAACCUGAAGCGAGGCCCGAACCUCCCGGGGUCCACCUCUCUCCUCCGGUUGGUCUGAGCAGCGUCGGGCGUGUUGACGGAUCCUCUGCCAGCUGAGUUGUAGAACUCACGCAAGCUCGGCCGAACAUCCUGUCGUCAACUUUCCGAAGCCCCUCAGCCUUACGUUGACAGAAGAUGUUUUUUGCCAAGAAAUUUGUGGGUGGCCUCAUAGAUGUUGUCAGCAACAUCGACCCAGGCCAGUUUUUACCUACUGAUCCUCCUCCACCACGCAGGCCAGCUGUAUAUGCAGAGCAGCAUGAGAGCGACGAGGAGAAACAGUUCCGCAGAGUCUUCCAACAACUUGCUGGAGACGACAUGGAAGUGAGCCCAGCUGAGCUGAUGAACAUCCUAAACAGAAUCAUUUCGAAGCAUGGAGACUUGAAGACAGAUGGUUUCAGCAUUGAGUCUUGUAGGAGCAUGGUGGCAGUCAUGGAUAGUGACAGCACUGGAAAACUCGGCUUCCAUGAAUUCAAGCACCUCUGGAACAACAUAAAAAAAUGGCAGGCAAUGUACAAGAGCCAUGACACAGAUGGCUCGGGAGUCAUUGGUGCAGAUGAGCUGCCAAACGCUUUCAGAGCUGCUGGCUUCCCUCUCAACGACCAGCUGUUUCAAAUGAUUAUUCGUAGAUACAGCGAUGAAAAUGGGAACAUGGAUUUUGACAACUACAUCGGCUGCCUUGUCAGGCUGGAUGCCAUGUGCCGUGCCUUCAAAACCCUGGAUAAGGAUAACAAUGGGACUAUCAAAGUCAAUGUUCAGGAGUGGCUUCAGUUGACCAUGUACUCCUGAGUCCUGGUGACAGCUCUUCUGCUUGUUUUACGGAACCACCUUCUUUAUCUACACAAUUCAAAACAUUUCAUCCAUCCUUCCAAAACUUCCUGUGCUACUCAGCAGGUCCCGUCUGUGCGCAGGUUUGUUUUGAGUGUUAAUGCAAUGUGAUGGAAUUGUUCACUGUUCUAAAAUACUUGUAAAACUGACUUGAUAGUAUUACCAACUAAAAAAAAAUUCACAAACCUGCACACAGAAUGGUACCCAUAGCUGAGGAUCAAAAAUAAAUGUUACUGAAUGCUCUGGACAAAUAUGAAGCCUCUAUGAUGUAGUACGUAAAGUUGGUGCUGUUUUUGAAUUGAUGGCAUUUACUUUUGAUCUGCUUCAUGCCCUCAAGUCAAAUUAGUAAGAGAAGGCAGGCCAGCAAUGAGAUGGUUAACACUGUGGAAUUAAUUAAAAACCUAAUGUGAAAGCAGGAUUGCUUUGUGGCCAGGGCUGGUUUCAAAAAGACCAUAUGCAAGAGGGUUGGGUGGAGAUAGGCCAGUCUUCGUUUUUGCACUUCUGUUUUCAUUCUAAAAUUGUGUGUUGGACAUGUAAACAGAAAAUUUCACCAUCUUAAGCCCAAGCUUUCUUCACAACAGCCACACCUUUUGACAAUUCUGUCACCUGUUAACAGACACAGGAAAACCUACUUCAGUCACCACUGUAGACACACAUAGCCACAUAACAGGUCUGCUUGGGUAAAGCUCGAGGUAGGUGCACCUUGUCGUUGCAGAGACUUUCUGUUCAUCAAGAAUGAGGCAGCUUUGCAAACCUGUAAAAUCUUACGGUUUACUGCUAUUCCUUGGUCAUAUAUAUCGUCUUUUUGAAACCUGCCCCAGGUCCACAGACUGGAGAUUUGUGCUCACUAAAACGAAAGUGUUUGACAGUUCAGGAAUUUUGGUAAAAAAUGAUGUAGAUAUAUGAGUUAUGGUUCACCCAAAGCACAGCAGAGCAUGGUUUAAUAAUUUGUACUCUGUUUUUUCGCAACAGAAAUGCACUAUUAUUGUAAAUGCAAAUCUGUCAGGAAUGCUUUCUACAGUCACUACAAGGCUAAAAAUGCGUAUCUGAAUCUCCAACUUUCUUUAUAGUGGCCUGAUAUUAAGAGCAGUUUGUUUGGAGACGCCAAUGCAGUGCCAUUCCAUGUUUACUGCUGGUUGUGCAACUCUGCAUUUUAUGUGUCUACUUACUGGUCACUUUACUUAUCACUGUGUACUUAUUCAAAAUGGCUGCACCAAACAAUGUGUGAAUUGAUACCAUAUGCCAGACGUAUAUGCCUCUAAUGCAUGGAGCCAAUUGUGAAGACGCCAUUAUUAAAGGUUUUUAACCACCUAGUUAUAGCCACAGUCAUUAAACUGUUACUGAAAAUGCUUGGUAAAAUAAAUAAAUGUGCCAUAUUUGGAAUAAAAGGCUAUAUUAAA